AUGAUAGACCUAAAAUCUGUUACAGUCAACAACAUCAUCAUGAAGGUUUGGACUGUGUGUUUGCUGGUGUGUGCUGCUUUUACUCUGAGGACUGCUACAGCUGCAGCAAAUGUGACUGAACCUGAGCAGGAUCAGAAUCUUCCAGGGGAAGCUACUGAACUGGCUGGUGAGGAGUUGAUUGAUGCAGCUGAGGAUAAGGAGGAAGUUCUCAAAGCAGAUGCUGCUGCUCAAGUUAAGUCAGGCUACUGUCCAUCUGGGUGGGUUAAAUAUGGAUCACGCUGCUUUCGACUCAUAAGGUCAAGUCAGACCUGGCUCAAUGCUGAGGCACAGUGUGUAGCUGAACAUGCAAGACUGGCAUCUGUACACAGCUCUGGGGAAUAUAAAUUCCUGCAGAGUUUGCUUGAAAUGGCUGGUUUAUCACAGGCUUGGAUUGGUGCUUACUACUUCCAGGGAGCAUGGCUGUGGGUUGACACAGCUCGGUUCUACUACGCUAACUGGUACUCUCUGAGCAGUGCGUCCAGCUACCCAUGUGCCUUUAUGAGGAGCAAUGUUGGCUGGUCUAACACUAACUGCGGAAGUGGAUAUGCAUACUUCUGUGCUAUUGACCUAAAUACGUGUUAUAGUACAUAGAUGAGUAAUUGCCCAUCAUUUUGAAGUUGAUAUGAUUAUGAGCAAAAUAAAUUGUCAUUUGUUUUGAGAACACUUGACUAAUGAACACUGUUUGUCAUUUAAUAAAAAAAAUCAAAAGAAUAAAAGAACAAUCUUUUCUGCAAUACCCAUAUAAUACUAAUUUAUGUAAAAUGCAAAGAGCUCUUAAUGAUCCUUGUAUUCCCACACUGAAACAAUAUGUAGCCUAAAUCUACAGACAUUUAGCCUGAACCUAUUAGGAGGGAAAGUGGGCAAAGCUGGAAAUGCAAGCUAGAAUUAGACACUGUUAGGAAACUAUCACAGGUUACAGGUUACUACCAUGGGUUAUUUAGUAUUGUUUUACCAGGCAAUAAGUCAGAAACAAUUGACAGAUUAAUACAAAAUCAUUUCAGGUUGUCUACAUUUUAUAUAUUCCCACAAUCUGUUUAUUGCCACCACUGCCCUAGCUUGAGAUUUAGUAUACUUGUAAAGAGUCAACAGCAACACUCACAGAAUACAAUUUACACAAAAAUCAAUUUUCACUCCCUAAAAACUGAAACAUAGUGUGAAUGUUUUGUUUAGUUCCUUAUUUAAGUGUGGAUGUCAUUAGCAUGAUCUUUAGCGUAACUGUGUGGGGAUAUGAUGCUUGCAUGCAUCAACCAGCUCUACCACAUAGAAAGGAAUGUUGUGUAACUCUCUGGUAAUGUGCAUGUCUGUAAGUACAGAUAAAGUGGGGUCCAAAAGUCUGAGACCACUAGUGAAAAUGCUUCUAUUUUGCAUUCUUUUCUAAGUUAAUACAACAAUUUUCCUGACAUAUUAUAUCAUUGACAAGGUAUG